GGUCAUCUAUUCCUACAGUGCACUUGAUAUGUAUACCACAAUGGUGUUUGCAAAGAGGGAAAGCAGGCCAUUCACAUGAUAUACAGAUCAGUAUUAAUACGCAGGCGUCAGUCGGUAUUUGAAACCCUGUGUAGCGUUGCUUCGAAAGAGCUGUGAUGAAAAUACUAGAGAAUAGGUCUUUGUCUUCAAUAAUGAUUUACAGUCUAUGCCGGUGUGGGUCCGUUUAGAGCAACCGUUUGAAUAAUUAGUCUAAAUUUGUGACGCGCGCUGUUACCGUGCGGUGCUUGAGGUCUGCACCUGUUCACUAACAUGCUGAAGCCCGUGGUGAGUGCUCCAUCUGCGUAGGAAACAUCACUUUUUGACAUUUCAAAGCCUUUUGUUUGCAUUAACUAGAGAGCGCGUUAUUUCUGCAGAGUAUUUACAGUAAGGUCUAGUUGAGCAAUUAUGCCAUGUAGGCAAGCGAACAGCUUUGUUCAGACCAGUGAUAAUUAGCCUUUAGUUUCGUAAGGCGACGUUGUGGACCAUCUGUGAAGAAGGCAAGACGAAUAGAUCGCCAUAGUGUGCAGUUCCGCGAUGCUCGGCCAGUCACCUCACCUUAUUGGAGGUAUCUUGUGGAUCCAGAAUCCAAUGAGAGCUGUCCACUGCAACCUGACCCAGAAUGGGAUGGACCACCAGAUGUGCCCGGACGAUGUGACCUCUCACCUGGAGGAGGAGCCUCUGGACCAGGGUGCCAUGCUGGAUGACGACAGCCCCACCUAUCAGGACGUGAGCCCCGGGUACCAGCGCCGCUCACCGCCCCAGCGCUCCGUCUCCGAGUCAGAACUCUCACGUUCGGGGAACGUAAAGCUGUCCAAGCCGGUGGCCCUGUGGACCCAGCAGGACGUGUGCAAGUGGCUGAAGAAGCACUGCCCCAAGCAGCACCAGAUCUACAGUGACUCCUUCAAGCAGCAUGACAUCACAGGACGGGCUCUGAUGAGAUUGACGGACAGGAAGCUGGAGCGAAUGGGCAUCAUGCAGGAGGGCCAACGGCAGUACAUCCUCCAGCAGGUCCUGCAGCUCCGCGUCAGAGAGGAAGUCCGAACCCUGCAACUACUCACGCAAGUGCUGACGAGCAGAGAGCGGGAGGGGAGAGCGAGAGACCAGUGGAUAGGCUGGAACAGACUAGGGCCCCCGGGCAAAUCCACUCCUUGGGAGAGAGAGAAAGAGGGGGAGACGGAGGAGUUUUCGGGGCUAGUGACUCCACAGAGGACAGGAGCCUGCUGAGCAGAGAGCUCAGAUAAUGAGGCCUCCCAGUUCAGCCUCUUACUCCAGAGUAAAUGCAUUCUAUUCACUAUAGACUCCAAGGAAAGACACUACCCCCCCGAAUCUUGUUGCGUUAGACUGGAUUUUAAAAUGGUUUAAACUGGGAUGUUUUGUCACUGGCCUACACACAAUACCCCAUUAUGUCAAAAUGGAAUUAUGUUUUUCGAAAUGUUUACAAAAUAAAAAAAUGGAAAACUGAAAUGUCUUAAGUCAGUAAGUAUUCAACCCCUUUGUUGUGGCAAGCCUAAAUGAGUGCUUAAGUUGCACGGACUUUCUCUGACCGACGACAUGACAUACAGCCCUCUGUGUGCAAUAAUAAUGUUUAACAUGAUUUUUGAAUGACUACCUAAUCUCUGUACCCCACACAUACAAUUAUCUGUAAGGUCCCUCAGUCGAGCAGUGGAUUUGCAGUGAAUUUCAAGAUUCAACCACAAAGACCAGGGAGGUUUUCCAAUUCCUCGCAAAGGACACCGAUUGGUAGGAGGGAAAAAAACAGUCAUUGAAUAUCCUUUUGAGCAUGGUGAAGUUAUUAAUUACACUGUGGAUGGGGUAUCACCCAGUCACUACAACGAUACAGGCGUCCUUCCUAACUUAGUUGACGGAGAGGAAGGAAACCGCUCAGGGAUUUCACCGUGAGGCCGAUUAUGACUUUAAAAUCAAAUUUAAUGGCUGUGAUGGGAGAAAACUGAGGAUGGAUCAACAACAUUGAAGUUCCUCUACAAUUACUAACCUAAAUGACAGAGUGAGAAGGAAGCCUGUACAAAUGUAAAAAAUAUUGCAAAGCAUUUAUUCCUGUUUGCAAUAAGAAUCAUGUGCAAAGCUCUUAGACCCAGAAAGACACACAGCUGUAAUCGCUGCCAAAAGAGAUUCUGACAUGUAUUGACGCCGCGGUGAAAAUGCUUAUGCAAAUGGUAUAUUUCUGUAUUUUAUUUUCAAUAAAUGUGCAAAAAUG